GCUCAUCCAGUUCAACCCCCUGCCAGGCACUACUUUGCACUGCCCACUAAUCCCGGUGAGCAAUUCUUUAUGUUUUGCACGCUUGCCGCUUGGCUGAUCACUAAAGCAGGACAUCCCUUCGAACAGCCACAAGAAUAUGAUGACCCCAAUGCAACAAUAUCAAAUGUACUCUCAGAAUUGCGAUCAUUUGGAAGGCCUGUGGAUUUUCCUCCCUCAAAAUUAAAGGCAGGUUAUGGAGAGCAAGCAUGCUAUGUUCUUGAUUGUUUAGCUGAAGAAGCCUUGAAAUACACUGGCUUUAGCUGGAAAAGGCCAGCAUAUCCAACAGAAGAGCUAGAAGAAGAAGAAAUAACAGAAGAUGAUGCAGAAUUAACACUUAAUAAACUGGAAGAGGAUGUUGCGGAAGAAGAGUCAGACAAUGAAGAAAAUUUUCUUGACCUGGAUGUUCUAAAGGCACAAACAUACAGAUCAAACGUGAACGACACUACAAAGCAAGAAGAGAUUUUACAGUCCACCACAGAUGUAGCAGAGUGGAAUCUAGAAGUGGAACGCGUGCUUCCACAGCUGAAAGUUACGGUUAGGACUGACAAUAAGGAUUGGAGAAUUCAUGUAGACCAAAUGCAUCAGCAUAAGGAUAGAAUUGAAUCUUCUUUGGAAGAAACUAGGGGUUACCUUGACAAACUCCAUAAUGAAAUCAGCAGAACAUUGGAAAAGAUCAAUAGCAGGGAAAAGUACAUCAACAAUCAGUUGGAGCACUUGGUUCAAGAGUACCGUUCAGCACAAGCCUUGCUGAGUGAGGCUCAAGAGAAGUACCAGGAGGGAAGUGGAGGAGUAACUGAAAGGAUUAGAGUACUUUCUGAGAUUACAGAAGUAUUAGAGAAAGUAAAGCAGGAAACAGAAGAGAAAGGAAGCAGUAUGACUGAUGGUGCUCCUCUAGUGAAGAUUAAACAAGCCUUAACAAAACUGAAGCAGGAAACCACUCAGAUGGACAUACAAAUUCAUGUAAUGGAACACACAUUACUCCAGUCCAAACUGAAAGAGAAAUCCAAUAUGACUUAGAGAUACACAUGCAACAAUGAUUCUGGAACCCACAGUAGGUGCCUGUUAAAACUGUUCAGAGCUGACUUGGUUUUCCCAAAAUACAGUUCGGUACCAUUUGCUUUUUUGUUAGUUAAGAGGUUUCCUUCUUCUUGAGGGAGGGGGACAUUCUUUUUUCUUGUUUGUUUUUAACAAGAUGGUUGUCAUGCACUUUUAAGAAGUAAUGUGCACACUUUGGACUCAACAUGGAGCCAUGUUUAGUUUUGUGCUGUAAAGAUUUACUGCGGAUCCCUUCCAAAUAUACUAAGAAAUUCUUAUUAAUGA